AUUGGCUGCAGUCAGUACUUACUUGCUCUAUCGACAACAUCAAUCCGAAAAACAGAAUUCGGUAACAGAGGCGGAGAAUGGCAUGAAAAGUGCACUUGGUCAGGAUGCAAUCAAGAGAUUCAGAAGAUCGUUCUUCCCAGCAUAUGCAUUGGUCUGCGCAGCCGACUGGCUUCAGNNGGGCCUCAUAUUUACGCUCUCUACAAAUACCACAAACACCUACCCGAAACUACUGUUGCUGCUCUCUAUGCUAGCGGAUUUGUUGCAGGGGCUCUCAGUGCCUCGUUUGUUGGCCAGUUGGCUGAUAAGUAUGGUCGAAGAAACGCAUGUCUAUUGUAUUGCAUUAUCUACUCAAUCGGAUGCUUUACCAUGCUCUCUGAUGACUUACUCGUCUUGUUUGCUGGUAGAGCAUGUGGUGGGAUCAGUACGACACUGUUGUACAGUGUCUUCGAGACUUGGAUGAUUGCUGAAUACCAUGAUCAAGCGUUGGAUGCUUACGGGCUAAGCCUGGGAAGCAUGUUUGGCAAGAUGACCACGCUCAGCGGCGUUGUUGCGAUCGUCUCUGGUGUGGUUGGUGACCUUCUGGUCAGAUCGCUGGACUCAAAGACGAGUCCUUUCAUGGCUAGUGUUGUUUGCCUAGUGCUGGCAUUUGUUUUUAUAUCAAAGCGUUGGAACGAAAACUAUGGAGACAAUGCCAGUAGUAAAGACAAAGAUGGCGAGUCUGUCGAUCUCAGCAGUAUCCUCCUUGGUAUCGAAUCAUUCCAAGACCCGCAAACAUCCUGGAAGCUGACAUGGUACANNGAUCCAAAGAUCGUUUCAAUCGGUCUCGCCUCCUGCUUCUUCGAAGGCAGCAUGUACAUGUUCGUCUUCUUCUGGUCAGCAGCUCUUUCCACUUUCCAUGCUACUGUUGGCUUCGUCAAUUCACUUCCCUUCGGUGUAGUCUUCAGCUCCUACAUGUGUUCCAUGAUGGUGGGCUCCAUCGUUUUCACCCUCGUUCCGCCAUCUCAUGACAAAGCACAAUACAUCCUAAAGAUUGUCUUGACCAGCGCAAGCAUCUGCUUCCUCUCCAGCAUUCUGCUUAAGAGCGAGGCAUUGGUCUUCUGGGCCUUCUGUCUAUUCGAGGUCUGCGUAGGUGCAUACUUCCCGAGCAUGGCAUCGUUGAAGGGCAAGUUGAUCCAGGAUGGCAGUCGUGGUCGGGUAUACGGUAUUCUCAGACUGCCGCUGAAUCUUUUCGUCAUCACAGCACAUAGUCUUGCUGAAGAAGGUUUGAGACGCAAAUUUCAAGCUUUAUCAUCCUGGCUAACA